CGUGUUUUGGAUUUAGGUUCCAAUUCGCAGAUUAUCUGUAUCGCUUACGUCCGACUCAUGGCAGGCCGAGCGCUAAGCCCUGUGAAAGCAAUAGGGUCCCUUGCAUGGGGCUCUUUUCAAACCGUUUUUGAAGUCAUUUUCCUCCCUUGGCGCUCAAGCUACGAGCCUAUAAAAUCUUUCCUCAACGAUGAGUCCAAGGACGUCCAAACAGGCAGCUGGCGUGACAGAAAGCUAGCUGAGUUGACUUUCGUCGGAAUUACUUGUGCACUUAUCACUGGAGCAGUGGUCCAGGCUCUCACCUGGCCGCAAGCACAAACGCCUUCCAAACUUCCUCUCGGCCUCUGGUAUAGCAGCCUUGUGCUUUCGCUCGUGGCAAUUUGCCUUGCAACUCAGCAGAGCGUCGCUCUCAAUCGUGUGAGCAGUUAUAAAGACUUCGACUCGCGAAUUCGAUCCCUGUUGGGUAAGAAGAUUGUGUCAAAGGAUAGUGAUAGUAGGGCGACUUGGGUGCCUAGGGUGUUGCAACUUUAUGUUUGGCAGACACCGAUUAUGCAUUUGAAUUUCGGGAUUUUGGGGUUCGUUGUUGGAUUGGGAAUUAUGGUCUUCGAAAGCAGAAGCGGAGCGAAUAACAGUCCUCCAGCCUCAACGGGCUUAGAUGCGAAGGCUUUGGUCAUUGUUGGCUUCGUUACCGCCUUCUCCUUUCUCAAUUACUUAUUCUCUACGGGUGUGCUAUACCACAGAAUAUGUCGUAUCGAAGACUAGAUUACUGGUCCAGGUGGAGCCUUUUAACGACACAAAGCUUGCUGUUUCUAAUCUACGGCACUCUUCCAGAAUGCCUUCUUCAAGCGCAACUCUCUCCGAUCUUGCAAGUGUCUACUAGUAUUUUAAAUAUAAUUAGCACAUGCUGUUUCUCUAGACGUAUCACGGUUGGCUGUGGGUGGCCGCGUGCUUUAAUU